GGAAACUCUUGCAAGAGACUAUAGCUUAAUAUUCGGAGAAAAUCCUGAACAAGACGAAAUGUGUGAUGGCUUGAUUAACCGUGAGUACGAGCAAGGGGAACAGCCCGAUUUACCUUAUUAUGAAGAAGAAUUAUCUGCUUUGGUGCAAACUACUCAAGAACCCAGGCGAUGUUUCUGCGAAUCAUUUCUGCGAAGUUGUAAGGCAAAUGUCGGAUUAGUAAUGAAGGCUGUUUCCAUAAUAGGCUCGUUGAUCGUUGGACUUGUCUAUCUUGACUUGAAUACAACUAAUGCGUGCAUACAAUGGGUGCAUGACAAGUUCGUGGUUCCUUCGCACGUGCGGAUUUUACAAAUGAUUGCAUGGGUUCUCAUUGAAAUUACUGCCGUUUUAUGGAUGGUUUCCGACAACCGUUUUUUUGUUGUGGGGUUUCAGGGAGUUCAAAAAGAAUUAUCUGUUGUGCUUGUUUAUUUGUCAGUUGGUGACAGCAUCCAUUGCUUGUGUUUAUGUGAUUAUAGUAUUUGA